AUGAGACAUGAAGAUCUUUUUACUCAAGAAUUUGAAGAAAAUGAAGAAUGUGAUUUAGAAGUAAAAUCUAUUUUAUCUGGUUCAUUUGAUUUCAUUAAGAAUCAUUUCAUUAUUGAAGGAAAAGAAAAUGUUCUUGAUCAAGUUAUUGUUAAUGCAGACUAUCCAUAA